AUGAACUGUUCAUAUGUGCAGAAGGUGCAGUUUGGAACUCAAAUGCUUGAGAAAAAAGCUAAGGAUGUUCGUGGAAAGAAGGAAAUUGAAUUCCUUGAGUUGAAGCAAGGUAAUGGUACCGUAGCUGAGUAUGCUACAAAGUUUGAGGAGUUGAUCAAAUUUUGUCCCCAUUACAAUACUGCUAAUGCUGAGAGAUCCAAGUGUCUUAAGUUUGUGAAUGGCUUGAGACCUGAUAUCAAGAAGGCAAUGGGUUACCAACAUAUUACUAGGUUUUUUGAGUUGGUUAACAAGAGUAGGAUCUAUGAUGAGGAUAGCCGUGAGAGUGAUGCUCAUUACAAGUCCUUGCAUGAUAAGAAAGGAAAAUGGCAAUUCCAAGGGAAACCGUAUGGUGGUAAGAAGAAAGUUGGUGAUGGCAAGAAGCCGAGUGAGGGAGGAUCUCACACUCAUGUCAAGUGA